AGCGCGGCGCGGAGAGGAGAGAGGGUGAAGAGGAGUGGUGGUGGUGGUGGUGGCUGGGGGAGGCUGUGGCGUUGCCCGUAUGGUGUCGUGCACUCGUGCGCUCCAGCGUACGGCAGCAGCACGCACGCACGCGCGGACGCACGGGCGCAGAAGAGGAGAGUCAGACAGCUGGCUACAGUUAGACACACGGGCAGAAUAGGACACGGGGACAUCGACUGACAACGCGGAGAGACGCAACACAAAGACUCGGGGAGAGACAGCGAGAGAGAGAGAGAGAGAAAAACACAGAUCCACAGGCCCACAGAGAGACGCGGAGAGACAAAGGUGCGGAAAGACACGCGGACGAAGGGACAGACGGAUACGCAGACCGAGGGACUGAGAGUCGGAGGGAUACCCCCCCCUCCCCACCCAGCCCCUAAGCCCAGCCCAGGCGAGGCUGCCCCUUGACUGCUGCCCCCCAGCACCGCGAGGAGGGAGCCCGCAUGGCCGAGCGUGGAGGCGACGCGGCCCCGCGUCUCCCGCCCGACGUGAGAGCGCGCCUCGCCGAGCUGGAGCUGGAGCUCUCGGAAGGGGACAUCACACAGAAGGGCUAUGAGAAGAAGAGAGCCAAGUUGCUUGCUCCGUACCUCCCACACGCACCAGUGUCGGAUGCGGCGUACGGAGGGGAGCGCCGUGCCUCUCCCGUCACUCCUCUCUCCUCCUCCUCGUCUUGCUCAAAGUACGGCCGACGGCGCCGUCCCUCCGGCACUCGCGAUGAACGCUACCGCUCCGAUGUACACACGGAAGCAGUGCAGGCGGCGCUAGCCAAGCACGUGGACAGGAAGAUGCCCAUGCCGAGCAAGCGGCGCUCUCUCGUCGCGCAGACGUCCAUCGACGCGUACACCCCGCCCGACACAUCGUCGGACGAGGAGGCAGACGGCGGCAGCGGCAGCGGCAGCGGCGGGCGGCGCGCCGAGCGCGGGAGCAGCGGGGGCAGCCGGGGCAGCCGGGGCAGCCGGAGCAGCCGGGGCGGCGGAGAGGAGACGGGGGGCGGCGGCGGCGCUGUUGGCGCCGGCAAUGGCGGCGGCUCCCGGCGGCCGCCUCCUCCGUUGCCGGCGGCGGAGGCGGCUCGCCGCUCGCGCUCGCGCUCCCGCUCGCGGUCGCACUCGCGGGCGCGGUGCCGCCCCUCCUCGAGCCAGGGUAGCCUCGGCCCGGCGGCCGCCACCACCUCCGCUACGCUCCACGCCUCCUCAUCCACCUCGUCCUCGGCUCACUCCACCUCUUCGGCGCGCUCGUCCUCCGUCACCGCCAGCACGGCGUCGCGAGCGUCCUCCUGCAGCCCCGGCACCGGGGACGGCCCCAGCGGUUUGGACACCGGCGGAGGCAGUGGCGGUGGCGGCGGAGAUGGAGGCGAGGUGGUGGGGGAUGGGGAAAUCGUUGAGGGAGUGGAUGACGACGACGACGACGAGGUGGAGAGGAAACAGGCGUCACCCAGGGGGGGGCGCGGUGCCAAUAAAGCGGUCGUGGAGGACCUCGCCGAUGGCGUCGGCUGCUUGCACAUAGUAGAGGCCCCCCAGGGCCCCCCAGACGUGGCGACCCACGGGCCUCCCGAGCGGCUCCCCUGCGUGGAGCGGGUGCAGGUGUCGUCCGUGCGCAGUCUCCCGCGUCAGCUGGGCAACGCGCAACUCAUGGAGACGGGAGACGGAGUCCCCGUGAGCAGCCGCGUCUCCUCCAAGAUCCAGCAGCUGCUCAACACGCUCAAGCGGCCCAAGCGACCGCCGCUGAGAGAGUUCUUCGUGGAGGACUUUGAGGAGCUCCUCGACGUGCAGCAGGCCGACCCGAACCAGCCGCGGCCCGAGGGCGCGAUGACGAGCGUGGUACGCGGCGAGCCGCUGGGCGCCGGCGUCACGGCGUGGCCGCCCGCGCUGGAGGCAGCGCUGCACCGCUGGGGGACCACGUCGGGCCGCAUGCCGUGCCUCACCGCCCUCGACACGGCCGGCAAGCCGACCGUCACCCUCACUUACGGCAAGCUGUGGAGCCGGAGCGUGAAGCUGGCGUACACGCUGCUGCACAAGCUGGGAGGCAAGCAGGAGGCGCUGCUCAAGCCCGGAGACAAGGUGGCGCUCGUGUACCCAAACAACGACCCGGUGGCGUUCCUGGUGGCAUUCUACGGCUGCCUGCUUGCGGAGCUGGUGCCCGUGCCUAUCGAGGUGCCGCUCACGCGCAAGGAUGCCGGGAGCCAACAGAUCGGAUUCUUGCUGGGAAGUUGCUGCGUUACCGUGGCAAUGACGAGCGACGCCUGCUACAAAGGCCUCCCCAAGACGCCCACCGGUGACAUCAGCCAGUUCAAAGGCUGGCCCAAGCUCACGUGGUUCGUGACGGAGUCGAGGAACGUGGGGAAAGCUCCCAAGGACUGGACCCCCCACAUCUGUGACGCGAACGCCGACAUCGCGUACAUUGAGUACAAGACGAGCAAGGAGGGGAGCGUGAUGGGCGUCACGGUGUCGCGCGCGGCGAUGCUCACCCACUGCCAGGCACUCACGCAGGCCUGCAGCUACAUCGAAGGAGAGACGCUGGUGAACGUCCUCGACUUCAAGAAGGACGUGGGGCUGUGGCACGGCAUCCUCACCAGCGUGAUGAACAUGCUGCACGUGGUUUGCGUGCCGUACUCACUCAUGAAGGUGAACCCGGUCUCCUGGAUUCAGAAAGUCUACGCCUACAAAGCGCGGGUGGCGUGUGUCAAGUCACGGGACAUGCACUGGGCGCUGGUGGCACACCGAGACCAACGCGACAUCAACCUGCGCGCCCUGCGCAUGCUCAUUGUGGCGGACGGAGCCAACCCCUGGUCGAUCUCGUCAUGCGACGCGUUCCUCAACGUGUUCCAGAGCAAGGGGCUGCUGCCCGAGGCAAUCUGCCCCUGCGCCGGCUCCCCCGAGGUGCUCACCAUCGCCAUCCGCAGGCCGAGCGAGGACGGGUUGCCUCUCCCCGCGGGCCGCGGCGUCCUCUCCAUGCACGGCCUGAGCCACGGAACGAUCCGCGUCGACUCGGAGGAGAAGCUCUCGGUGCUCACGGUGCAGGACGUGGGCAGCGUCAUGCCGGGAGCCGCGGUGUGCGUGGUGCGGCCGGACGGGGUGCCGUUCCUGUGCCGCACCGACGAGGUGGGGGAGCUGUGCGUGUCCUCUCCCUGCACCGGCACCUCCUACCUGGGACUCGCCGGCAUCACCAAGCACACCUUUGAGGUGUUCCCGGUGGACGACGCGGGGGUCCCCGUCAGCGAAGUCCCCUUUGUGCGCAGCAGCAUGCUGGGAUUCCUGGGACCCGGCGGGCUCGUGUUCGUGGUGGGGAAGAUGGACGGGCUCAUGGUGGUGGGCGGCCGUCGACACAACGGGGACGACAUCGUGGCCACCGCGCUCGCCGUGGAGCCCAUGAAGUUCGUCUACCGCGGACGCAUCACGGUGUUCUCCGUCACCGUUCUGCACGAGGAGCGGAUCGUGGUGGUGGCCGAGCAGCGCCCGGACGCCUCGGAGGAGGACAGCUUCCAGUGGAUGAGCCGCGUGCUGCAGGCCAUCGACAGCAUCCACCAGACGGGCGUGUACUGCUUGGCGCUGGUGCCGGCCAACACGCUGCCCAAGACGCCGCUGGGCGGAAUCCACCUGUCGGAGACGCGCCAGCGCUUCCUCGAGGGGGCCCUGCACCCCUGCAACGUGCUCAUGUGCCCCCACACCUGUGUCACCAACCUGCCCAAGCCGCGGCAGAAGCAGCCAGAGGUGGGGCCCGCCUCCGUGAUGGUUGGGAACUUGGUGGCCGGGAAGCGGAUUGCGCAAGCGAGCGGGCGAGACGUAGGGCCUCUGGACGACAGCGAACACGCAAAGAAGAGCCUGUUCGUCGCCGAGUUGCUGCAGUGGCGGGCACAGAGCACGCCCGACCACACGCUCUUCAUUCUGCUCAACGCACGGGGCGCCGUCGCGAAUGCCGUCACUUGCGUGCAGCUGCAGCGGCGAGCGGAGCGCGUGGCGGCCGCGAUGGCCGAGAGGGGACGGCUCAACCCGGGUGACCACGUGGCGCUCGUCUACCCGCCCGGCAUCGACCUGAUCGUGGCGUUCUACGGCUGCCUCUUUCUGGGCUGCGUUCCUGUGACCGUGCGCCCCCCUCACCCCCACAACAUCCCCAGCACCCUCCCCACCGUCAAGAUGAUCAUCGAGGUGAGCCGAGCGGUGUGCGUGCUCACCACGCAGACCGUCAUGAAGCUGCUUCGCUCCAAAGACGCGAGCGGCACCGUCGACAUGAAGACGUGGCCUCCCAUGCUGGACACCGACGACCUGCCGAGGAAGCGGCCGCCACAAAUCGUGUCGCUGGGCAGCGCGGACGCCCUGGCCUACCUCGACUUCAGCGUCUCCACCACGGGCAUGCUCGCUGGCGUCAAGAUGUCGCACGCGGCCACGAGCGCGCUGUGCCGCUCCAUGAAGCUGCAGUGCGAGCUGUACCCGUCGCGCGAGGUCGCCGUCUGCCUCGACCCCUACUGCGGCCUGGGCUUCGUGCUCUGGUGCAUCAGCAGCGUGUACUCGGGCCACCAGUCGAUCCUGAUCCCGCCGUCGGAGCUGGAGGGGAAUGUGUCGCUGUGGCUAUCGGCCGUGAGCCAGUACCGGGUGCGCGACACCUUCUGCUCAUACUCCGCCAUGGAGCUGUGCACACGAGGCCUGGGCGCGCAGACCGAGGCCCUGAAGGCACGCGGCGUGGACCUGUCGCGCGUGCGCACGUGCGUGGUGGUGGCCGAGGAGAGGCCCCGCAUCGCCCUCACUCAGUCGUUCUCAAAGCUCUUCAAGGACCUGGGCCUCCACCCUCGUGCCAUCAGCACCGCCUUCGGCUGCCGCGUCAACCUCGCCGUGUGCCUGCAGGGCACGGCUGGACCGGACCCCACAACAGUUUACGUGGACAUGCGCGCACUCCGCCAUGACAGGGUGCGGUUGGUGGAGAGGGGAUCGCCACAUAGUUUGCCACUCAUGGAGUCCGGCAAGAUCCUGCCGGGUGUGCGCGUGAUCAUCGUCAACCCGGAGAACAAGGGCCCGCUCGGAGACUCGCACCUCGGGGAGAUCUGGGUGAGUAGCCCGCACAACGCGAGCGGGUACUACACGCUGUACGGGGAUGAGCCGCUGCACUCCGACCACUUCAGCGCGCGCCUCAGCUUUGGCGACACGCAGACCGUGUGGGCACGCACCGGCUACCUGGGCUUCCUGCGCCGCACCGAGCUCACCGACGCCAGUGGAGAGAGGCACGAUGCGCUGUACGUGGUGGGCUCGCUAGACGAGACGAUGGAGCUGCGCGGGAUGCGCUACCACCCCAUCGACAUCGAGAUCUCGGUGCUGCGUGCCCACAGGAACAUCGCCGAGUGUGCGGUGUUCACGUGGACGAACCUGCUGGUGGUCGUGGUGGAGCUCGACGGCUCGGAGCAGGAGGCGCUGGAUCUCGUGCCGCUGGUGACGGGGACCGCGCUGGAGGAACACCACCUUCUGGUGGGCGUGGUGGUCGUGGUGGACGUGGGCGUCAUCCCGAUCAACUCGCGCGGGGAGAAACAGCGCAUGCACCUUCGGGAUGGCUUCCUGGCUGACCAGCUGGACCCCAUCUACGUCGCCUACAACAUGUGACGCGGGAGCGGCGAGCCACCCCUAACGGUGCGCGAGUACACGCGCGUGUACGCGUGUGUGCGCCACGCCGGCACGGCAAGUGACAUCCCGCCAGAGCGCAGCUUGCUCUCGGCACGCCUCGAUCCGGCAGUGAACAGCGCGACGUGCCCUCCGACGAUGACAUGCGGAACAAUGAACACUACCCCCCCCCCGACCACGACGAUCACGCCCUCGUUCAGCGUGCAUCACGCCAGGUGCCAGCGUGUGGAGCGAAGUGGACUUCGGCCCGGUUGGCUGCCGGCUUGUCGGCCUCGAACGAACUUGACUCGCCAAGCAUGAGGAGCCGACGAUCGGCCGGCGGCGCAUUCACAGGCCGCCACCACCACAUCCACCAUCGCCGGCAGCAACUUUCCCCAUUCUGCUCGUUUCAGCAUGAGGCCGCAUGGAUGGUUCCUCUGAUUAGGUUUUUUAAUUUUAUAGUUUUUUUUAAAAAGCGUUCACAUCGCAGGACGGCAGAUCGGCCGGCGAUGCCGUGCUUGUGCUGCGCGGGCGGAUGGACGGACUGACGCGCACUGGAAGGGAUCUGCGCCAUGGCGGCAACGUCGCCAGGCCGCGGCAGCAACCACCGCGGUGGAUCGCGUCGUCCACGUGACUCCCCCUCCACGUUGCAGAGAGAGGGCCUCCCUGUUGGGCCUUGGGGGUUGGGGAUGAACCGCAACCGGUAGGGUUGGGUCGCCCACCGCGACGACCACUGAAGCCAGAAAAGGAAGUCUCUACCGGCAAACAUUUCUUCCAGCCCAUUUAAAUUGUCGUUUUAUUUUUAAUUAAAAAAAACAAAGAAGAAUAUGCUUUGUCCAUCGCGAGGCGAGAAUGUGGCUUGGUGUUGUUUUAUUUUGUAGCUGCUGUACGGUGUGCUCCUGGAGGCGGGGGGGGGGGAGUGGCUUUGUAAUGGGAUCGCUUUGGUCUGUGCUGCGACCGACUCUGCACAGUCCGGUGUGAAGGGGUUCUUCUUUUUUGGCUUGGCUGCAAAUCGGAUUUGUGCUUCUACGUGCCACUUGCCCACUCGCUCACGCAUGGAUUUUCCACCUCAACUUCCCCCUAGUGUCGGUCUACGUCAGCUAGUAAGACACUGUCCCAUAAAAGAGUUAUUUUAAAAAUUCAAUGAUUACCGUUAAAGUGAAUUAACCACUACGAUCGCGAUGAUGAAUGACACCGUUCUGUUUCUCUCAUUCCAAAUCUACUUGGACGUCUCUUUUGGACUAUUUGUGCCACCGUUGGCACUGGUAUAGUGGUGGUGGUGGUUUUGAUUGUUCUGGUAGUGGUGGUGAUGAUAAUGAUAGUGAUGGUUCAGGCAGUGGUGAUGGUGGUGAUAGCCUUGGUGGUGGUGGUGAUGAUUUUGAUAAUGAUGGUGAUAGAGUGGUGGUGGUGGUGAUGGUGAUGAUGGCUCUGCUGCUGGUGAUGGUGCAUUCAGGGCCUCCACGUUGCAUUGCUGGGGUUGUUGUGGGCAGUGGCGGUGGGGAAUCCAUGGAGAUCCGAGCUUCAGAGAUCACACCCCAGUUGAACUGGCCCCUGACCCCUGACUCUGUACCUCGACUCCCUCUGGGAGUCAGUGAGGAGUUGAUGAACUCCAUCCACCUCCCUCUCCCCACCUCACUCCCUGCGGAGACGCAACCAGUGGAUGGACAGAAAGUGUUUGGAGUGCUGCUGUGAUGCCGUUCGCAGCAGACAUUGUCAUACAGUAUACAUAACGGAGUGGUCAAAAAAUAUUGAGAACGAGUCAAUAGAAACGCCACACCUAUCUAAUGUUAGGCUUGUUUUGAAGCCCCCCCCCAUAUUUCUGUAUUAAUUAUAUAACGUGAUGACGAAAAUGAGGAGGAAAAUAGUAAUAUAUUACUGAGAGCGAUUAUAUUGAAACAGGAAUGCGCUUGAGUCCGUGUUUGCUUUUGUAAUGUCACAUUCUCAAAGGGUUCUUUGGCCGAGCCUUGCGGUAUUCGUGCGCGCCGAGAUGAGAGGGGCUUGUACGCGCCAGGCAGUUUUAUCCGCGAUGCGCUCGCGUCCGUGGGCUCUUGCUACGAGCGUUGCGGCCCGGCGUGCGUGCCGUCGUGAAUCGCGGUUUUUAAUUUUACUCCUGCACUCACCGUUUUGUGUUCACGUUUGCCACGGCCGUGGCAACUUGCGGUCACCUUCGUUGGAACUUAAAAAAAAAAAGAACACUUCUUGCAUUCGCCGAAGCUCAACCAAGAUUCACAUUUUGGCUGACGGGUGAUCGUUAAAAUUUCAGAGACCUGCAGCGACCGUGGUGUACCGAUGACUGCCGAGAGCACGCAAACGGUUCGAGAAGCUUUUGUCCCGCAGUCAAUACGAGAAUAACAGAUGUCUCCCACGCUCAACUGAACAGUGGGGCGGUCUCUCAUCUUAAGGCUUGCAGCUCGGAGCCAGUGGAGGAAAUUCCAUAUUCCCGUAGUGGAGGCCAGUCCAUCCGUAAACACAUUUGCUGUUAAUCUCUCGCCAAGUCAUUCUCAGUCCAUCGAGCCCGCUGGGCAUGUGGAGUGCCGGGUCGACCUCGGCCGAGGUUUGAACUUUGAACUCCCGACCUGUGGGGUUCAUCGUUCGAAUGUUCUUGCCAGUCGUGCCGCCCAGCUGGACAUCGCUGAUGGACAGGCCGUGAUCUCAAUGACCAGUUCGGCUGAAAUUACGAUUCUCUCGUUCAGCUGCUCAUUGUGUUUGAACACGUGUCCACGUAGUUCAUUUGCCCAAGGCAGCAAUUUGUAUUGAUGACAUUCUGCACAAGUGACUUAUUAUUAUUAUCAUUGUCGUUCAUGGAUGGAUCAGGGACUAUUCUGUCUUUUUUAUCAUUAUUUAAAGUCUUAUGUAGUGAUUUUUUUUUAUGGAUCCACUUGAGUUAGGGUUGUUAAGAUGUGUUUGGUGAUUGUCUUGUUCAUGUUGUUGUUAUCAUUGAGUUUGGGGGGUGCAUUUUAAACUCCUGAUUUCUGCAGACGGUUCAUUCUUAGUAUACAGAUUUGUCAGAUAACCAUUGAUGCAUUGCAUACAUGUGCAUAUUAGGCGUUUAUGCACACGCGCAGAAUAGCAUAUAUAAUAUGUAGCACACAGUAUGCGUUCAUGUGCGUAUACAUAUGUAUGCGUAUACUGUAUUCUAUUGUAUAGACUAUAGUCACUUUAUAAAUAUAUAUGUAUAUAGACCUAUAUGUGUAUUGGUAUACGUACACAUACUAUGGCACUGUAUAUACAUAUAAUGUGUAUAUAAACAUAUACAUGCAUAUGUAUACACACGUAUACCAUACUGUGUGCAUUCAAGCUAUCGGUGCCACAUGUCAAAGUUUAUACACCCCGCACUAUUAAAAGUAUAAUAAUAAUGUGCUUUCUUCAGGAAAGCCUGAGUCGCAAAGCUCUUUUUCAGGAGGGUCCUGCUGCAAUGGGCUGUUUGGAUAAUGAUUUAUUUUUAAAAAUGACAUUAUUAUUAAUGAGUUGUUUUGCUUCGUGUGAAAAGAAAUCGUAGAACCCAGAAGAAAACCCCACUGCGGACCUUCGAGCGAAUAACACCGGCGGGUUCGCGAACCCCACUUGUUCUGCUGCCAUUCUUUCGUGGUCACCUCGCAGCCCAGCAGGUGUGGUUGGAUGACCUGCCAACCUUACCGAUGGUCGAAGCGAUAAGCUGCCGAUGAUUUUGUUUUUGUUUAAUCCUGCGACCCCCAUACGGAGCUUCGGAGAUAAUCGUACCGCUCGCUCAACAUUCUGCAGAAGAAAACUUGUAGCAACUACUGCUUUGAAAAAUUAAUGUGCGGUAAAAAGGUUUGAACAUCGACAGCCUGCCGCUUAAAUCUGGAGGGUCAGUCAAGUAUGUUAGUGCCUGUGAAUCUCUAGAUGAUCCACCAACCCCCGUCUCCUAGUCACCACUGCAUUGCUGUGGUGCCACACACUAUCGCACCUCCGAUUAACACGGUUGGCUACGUACUGUGCUGACAAACUUCAACAUACACACAAUGUGUAUGCACACACACACGUGUCUCACGCAUGCACUCACUUCUUAUUCCCCCCCCCCCCCCCGUCUUGACGCACAAUACGUUUCACAGUUUGGUCCUGUAACAAAUAAAAAAACGGGCAGUGUCUCGACGAGUUGGCAAGAAAGUCA